AAAUGGGGGUCUAUGUAAAACAAGAAAGGGUUUCUCUUUUGUUGCUCUGGUUAAACAUCGGUUUCAGUUUGUGUAUCGUUGGCCAUUCAGACAGUGAGACUGAUCAGAACCCCUUCGUGAAUGAUUAUUGUCUACUCAGGGGCUGGCGUGUAUGCGGAGGAGGCUUAAGUGGUGGAGGCGGCGGUGGAGGAGGUGGUGGUAGUGGUGGUGGAGGCUCAGGGCAUGGAGAAGGUUUUGGAUCUGGAGUUGGAGGAGGAGAUGGCGGUACCAUCGGAGGAGGAGGAGGUGGUGGUGGUGGUGGUGGUGGUGGUAGAGGUGAAGAAGGUGGCGGUUUUGGUCACGGGGAAGGAUUUGGAGUUGGAGUUGGUAUAGGCGGUGGUGGUGUUAGUGGGGGUGCAGGAGGAGGAGGUGGCAGAGGAGGGGGUGGUGGAGCUGAGAAAGGAGGUGGUUCUGGCCAUGGGGAAGGAUUUGGAGCUGGUGCUGGUGUCGGGGGUGGUGCUGGAGGAGUAGGAGGUGGUGGAGGUUAUGGUGGCGGCGGUGGUGAAGGUAAUGGUGCAGGUCAAGGGUUUGGUCACGGCGGUGGGUAUGGUGCCGGUGGCGGUGGAUACAGCGAAGGUAGCGAAGGCAAGGCUGGUGGCAGUGGUGGUGGAGUCGGCAUGGGGGGUGUUGGAGGGUUUGGUGAGGGUGGAGGUGGAGAUGGAGGUGCUGGUGUAGGUGGAGGGUCUGGUGGAGGAGUAGGUAACGGUGCAGGUGGAGGAGCAGGCAGAGGUGUAGGAGGAGGUGGUGUUGGAGCUGGGAAUGGAAUUGGGGGAGGCUUCGGUAUUGGAAUGGGGUUCGGUAUAGGGAUCGGUGGUGGUUUCGGUGUUGGACUUCGCAAUGGCGGUGUCGCCGGUGGCGCUGCUGCUCUUGGUGGUGGAAAACCUUAA